CAAAAUUUAACCUUGGGUAUAUUUAACCAUGAUGUUGCCCAUAUUCUUCUAUAAAAGCUGACCACCAAGUUGCUGUUCUUCAAUUGCAAAUUUGUCAAGACUUUAGCAUGGCUUCUGUGCCAGGAAGAGAUAAGUACAGGUCUUUCCUGCAUGAUGAAGCAGAUAGUGUUCAAUGGCGACAUGGUGGCCCUCCAACAUAUGAUGCAGUGAAUCAGCUCUUUGAAGAAGGCCGAACCAAGGAAUGGCCAGAAGGAUCACUUGAAGAAACAGUGCAAAACGCUAUCAAGACAUGGGAGAUGGAAAUCUCCCACAAGGUUCGCUUGCAAGACAUCAAGUCCAUCAACCCUGAAAAAUUCAAGCUCAUCGUUAAUGGGAGAGAAGGAUUAACAGGAGAAGAGACUCUAAAGCUAGGGACCUACAAUGCACUGUUGAAGAAUUCUCUACCAAAGGAGUUUCAAUACUACAAAGUGGAUGAAGAAACGUUUGAAUCAUCUCAUGAAGUCUUCCGUUCAGCUUUUCCUCGUGGAUUUGCAUGGGAAGUCAUCAGUGUUUACUCAGGACCUCCUCUGAUUGCUUUCAAGUUCAGGCACUGGGGUAUCUUCCAGGGUCCUUUUAAAGGACAUGCCCCCACGGGGGAGAAGGUUGAAUUCUUUGGCCUGGGAACUCUCAAGGUUGAUGAAUCUCUUAAGGUAGAAGAUGUUGAGAUUUAUUAUGACCCUGGAGAGCUAUUUGCUGGCCUACUCAAAGGUCCACCAAUCUCAGAAUCACAAACAGGCGAUGAAGACAUUGCUCAAUGUUCAGCAAAAACUCAUGGUUGCCCUUUCCAGAAGUGAAUAUACACAUGCACUUGGAAUAGCUUCCCAUGUGCCUCAAUUUGUGCUUAAUGUAACCGCUUACAUGCAACCACCUAGCCCAAUAAAGAUGAACCUUUAUCUAUUUUGAGUGCCAUCCUAUUUAUAUUUGCUGUAAGAAAGCAAUUAAAUUA